UGCCACUUGUUUGCUUAAGAGUUCUAUAUGAAAGGAAUCCUUUUGAAUAGAAAUAGGCUUACAUGAGACUGAACAUAAUUUAUUUGCACUGCUAUGAAUGAUUGGAGCGUCUCUGUGGAGAAUACUUUUAAAGCCUUAUCAUCUGCCUGGAAAACGUUUUCUCUUUUGGAUUCUACUACUGGAAUUCUAACUCCAGAAGACCUUUGAUCUGUUGUUAGAUGGGAUCCUUCUAGCCUUUUUAGUGCAGCUAUUGUCCACGCACAUGGACCUUGCUACCACAUUUUGUCUUGCUGAUACUCGGGGCUCCAAGAGGAUGUUACGCCACCUGCCUUCGGUGUUCCAAAGGAAGUUUAAAGUUGCUCUUUUCUUUCUUCUCCUUUUGGCUGUCCUGAUACACAUGGUCUUGGAUUUAGCAUUCUCUUCUGGCCAUGGUUCCUGUGGCUGUAGCCCCCAAAUAAUGGAUCCAAUGGGCCUCCCACCACCAAAUUCCAUUUUAGCAGUCCAGAAUAAGAUGAACCUCAGGAAUCUACAGGACUUUAGUGGUAGUAACGGCUCUCUAGAAAAAGGCUCUCACUUGCUGGAAGAUAUGCUGUAUCCAGAUGGCACAAACAAACAAGGUCACAGCUUCAAGCAUCAAGAAGCCAAAGCAAAAACAGAGCAGGCAGGCAGGUCUAAGCUUGCUGCUCUGUUUGAUCACCCUCUCUAUAAGAUUCCAACACCAAAGAUUACGGAAAAGGACAAGCUGUUUGUUACCAACCCCAAGAUUAAAUUCACACUGAAAAGCAGUGAGAGCGAUGACUGGAUCAGCAGCAGUAAGGCAGACACGGUCCUUCUAAUAAGGCAAAUGUCACCGGAUACCUACCCUUCUUGGCUCCGAUUUCACAUAGGCAUCAAUCGCUAUGAACUGUACUCCCGCCAUGACCCCAAUCGUCGUGUCUUACUAGAGGACUUGGCUGUGCAUAAAAUUGUCCGCUCAGUCCAGAAGACUGGAGGGACCCAACUGAAGGUGAUCAUGACCUUUCUUAAUAAAGGCCAGGCCCUUUUCAAACCUAUGAAGCAAACCCGAGACCAGGAGACUUCAGAAGAUUUCUUUUAUUUCUCAGACUUCGAACGACACAAUGCGGAAAUAGCAGCCUUUCACCUAGACAGGAUCCUGGAUUUCCGAAGAAUUCCCCCAGUUUCUGGCCGUAGGGUGAAUAUCACCAAGGAAAUCCGUGACAUCACAACUGACAGGAAACUGUUGAAGACAUUUUUCAUCUCCCCAGCUGGCAAUGUGUGCUUCUUCGGCAAGUGCUCCUACUAUUGCUCCACUGAACAUGCUUUGUGUGGCAAACCUGACCUGCUUGAGGGCUCCAUGGCGGCCCUUCUGCCUGAUGAGGAACUGGCUAAACGGCGUUCAUGGAGAAGUCCCUGGAGGCGUUCUUACUCCAGAAGCAAGAAAGCGGAGUGGGAGCUGAACCAAAAUUACUGCACUCAGGUACGACAGACACCACCAUACAACCGGAAUUCCCGCCUUCUCAGCCUCAUUGAUAUGACUGUACUUGACUUCCUCAUGGGGAACAUGGAUCGCCACCAUUAUGAGACUUUUGAAAAAUUCGGUAACGAAACCUUUCUGCUUCAUCUGGACAAUGGCCGUGGGUUUGGGAGACACUCGCAUGACGAAAUGUCCAUUCUGGCUCCUCUCCAGCAGUGCUGCAUUAUAAAAAAGACAACAUACUUGCGGCUGCAGCUGCUUGCCACAGAGCCAUACCGCCUGAGUGAUGUUAUGCGUGAGUCGUUGGCCACUGAUCGCCUGUCACCUAUCUUGUUCGAGCCCCACCUGAAAGCGUUGGACCGGCGGCUCCAAAAGGUGUUGGACAUGGUGGAGAGAUGUAUGAAGAAAGGACACGACCAAGAAGUGCUGUUAGAGGACCAAGAAGGACAACAGGAUGUGACCUCAGAGAAAUGAGAAAAGAGGAGCGUGGCAUAACGGGGUUGGACAACCUGCAUUUUAGAACACACCCCUCAAUUCUACUUCUGCAGCCAGGGUCCACAUCAGCAUACCCUGUGAUGGAGCAGCUGCCAAAGCUCAGGGCUGCUGACCCCCCCCCCCCC